AUGCCGGAUGAUGGUUUGUUUGUCGAAGAAAGGUUGUCAUAUGAGGGAUUGAUUAGUAAGAUUUGUAUGACCCUUGGUUGGGAUCCAGCACACGUGAAACUCCACCUUUAUUUGAUUUUCGAUAGUCCCGGUGGUAGGCGUGUAGCGAAGAUCAAGAAUGAUUCGCAUGUAGAGUUCAUGAACCGUGUAGAUCCAAUGUCAUGUUUAGAUUUAUACAUAGAUUUGGAAGAUAUCACUCAAGAAGAAAGAGAAGCGAGUUUGGAAAACGUGUCAUUUGGUGAUUUUCGAAGGGGGGAACGUGCUAGUACUUCUCGAAACCGUGAUGAAGAGGAGACACCUUUAUUUGCACAAAAUGACUACGGGGAAGAGUCGGAUUCCGACUACAUAGCUCCAAGUGAAAGCGAAGAAGACUGUGAUGUCUCCGGAGAGAGUGAUUUUGAAGAAAGUGAUGAUGAAAGUAAGAUGGGGAACUGGGAUGCCUCAUGUGUAGACAAGGAUGAGUUUGCUCUUAAAAUGUGGGAUGAGACGCCCGAAGGAAUGGACAUUGGUGUUUGUUUCAAAUCUCAAUCAGAAGCAAAGCAUGCUGUGAAAUUAUGGAACAUCCAUCAUAAAAGGGAAUAUACGGUCGCCGCGAGUAGUCCAAGGACGUGGGCUAUGCGGUGCAGAACAUUUAAUGUGGAAAGUGAGGAUGGUGAACCACCAUGUGAGUGGAAGAUGCGUGUGUCAUUGAAAGCUCACGGCCUUCAUGAAAUUGUGAGAUGGCAUGAUGCACAUAAUUGCAUGACUCCUGUGAAUGAUAAUGACAAUCGGAUUGAAAUGGCGACGCCGGCAUCGGGCUCCCAAUAUGACUAUCAACCUAAACAUCUUCACCCGGGACCUAUACAAGAUAAAAUGCUAUAUCGUCAAACAAAGCAUAGGUCCCAAGCUGUCUAUGAGAAUAGGAUACCGGACAUUAAGACAUUCCGCCUCAAGGGCCGUAGUAACACAUCAAUCUACGUUCUUGGCCCAGUUGAGGAUUUGGAUCGGUGUAGUCGAUACGAUUGGGGAUCGGCACUCUGGGCCGGGUUGUACUCUGGCCUAUGCGAGGCAUCACAGUAUACCAUGCACGACGCCACGGGGUGUCUAUAUUUGCUACAGGUAUGGGCGUAUGAGCGGAUCGAGAGGAUCGCGCCCCAAAGAAAAGGAGUAGAUUAUUUGCUUGAUGAGACCGCUCCAUUAGCUCAGCGGUACGUAUUUUCAGUUCAAAAUAACUCAACGUUUAAUUCUAUUUGUUUCUUAUUCAUUUAUUUCACUAAUUCAAAUGUACCCCUUUGUUUAUUAAGGUGGGAAUGUAGGUACACGUACGGCGACGCCCCAAGGAGCAGCACUCCACCGUUUAGAGAUCAAUUAACAAGUCUGCGUGUUGAAGAUUUUCGGUGGCAACCAUAUGCACAUGUCCUCCAUAGACUCCCUGAUUUCUGUACACAAGGCCAAGCCAUUUGGACGACUAGGUGUUGGAUGUUCUGUUGGGCUAUUAGGGAACCCCACGAGUCGGGCAGAGUCGUAAGACAAUUUGGAUACAUACAGGAUGUUCCCAAGCGCCCCAUGAUUAAAGAUAACGCAGUAUUCCUUUUCGAUCACGCCCACAGUAUGUCUGGGUAUCUUAGCAAUAAUUGGGAGGAUCACCAUUCCGCAGUACGCCGUCAUUGGAAUAGGAGAGAAGAGUUCGUGCUACGAGAUUUGGAGGAAGGAGAUCCUGGUUCCGUAUAUGAGGGGUACUAUGAAUGGUUUAUGGUGAACCCUGUCAGAUUGAUAUCCAAUCCCGGUAAUUAUGAACCUCAAGGAUACGAGACUUCUUCGAGCCGCGUGAAAUUAUAUGGUGAAGUAUUGAACAACAUUCGCGUGAGUACCGAGAGGUUUAGAGAAAAACGAGAAGAUGAUAAUCUCCUAGACGAAGAACUUGACAAGCAUUUGGACGAUAUCAUCAAUCAAACACAUGCUGCUUUAACCUUGGGCGCAAAUGAUGAGAUGGAGGUGGAUGAUACGCAAAUCCUGGUUGAUGAAGAUCCAUUUUUUCCCUCACAACCUCCGCCGGGUAAAAAAGCGAAACCAUGGUCAAGAGAUAAGAUUGGAGGAGGAAGAAAGAGAAAGGUCACAAUCCCCCCUCGGACAUCGCAACAACAAACUGAGGGUCAACAAAAUGAGGAUCAAGCACAUUCCUCUCGAGGCUCGCGCAUUCAGGUCGAGACUCAUUUUGAAGAAGCUGGUGGACCCGAGACUCAGUUUGACAUUGGUGGACCCGAGACUCAGUUUGACAUUGGUGGACCUGAGACUCAGUUUGGUAGACAGUCGCAACCACAACCGGGAGUCAAAUUUAUCACCAUGGGGGAGUCCCAAUCUCAACCCCAAAUCGAGGCUCAGUUUGGUGGACAGUCGCAACCACACCAAAGUUCAAUACUCACAUAUCUUAAGAGGGGAGACAGGAUCCGACAGGGCCCAAACAAAUACACUCCGGAUGCGCACAAUAAAGGAAAAGGGAAAAAAUGA